AUGGUGCGCGCUACCCAACUGGCUGUGGCGGCCCUGGGGCUGCUUGGUGCAGCGGCCGCUCAACUGGUGUCAACAGGCAUGUCUGUCACGCUCGACCAGAUCGAUUACUUCGUCUCUCCAUACCCAGCGGGAAAUGUGACGGUGUCCGCGGCCUCCCUGACAGAUAUCCCCAGUGUCAACGGCUUCUAUCCCGUGACUGUUGUUCAAGAGGAGACGGCUGGGGUAUCAUCACUGUCAUCUCUUUUCUCUACGUGGACGGAUGUGGAUGAUGUGUUUACGCCCGCCUUCCUGGGUGCGGUCUUGGUCCGUGGCUACAAACCCGACAAUGUCACUGCAACCUUUUUCAACAGUUCGCGCUCCAGCGUUCUCAGCCCGUUAGAGUCCAGGGUUGUUCCGUCAGGCCCAUACUUCCUCGAACAGGCCACUGGAAAUCUCUAUCCGGUCUACCGGCUCUACAGCGACUAUGCAGGCGCCUUCACACAGCCACUACUACAAAAGCCAGAUGGCACAUUCCAGCCGUUGUCGGCACAAGUGGCCGGUUUGGUCUCAUCCACUAUCGGUGUGCCCUCUCGCAUCUACUAUACCCCAAGCGAUGAGAAACCGCUGGCCGGUGCUCGUGUUGGCGUUAAGGACAUUUACAGUCUCGCUGGCGUGCGGCAGAGCAAUGGAAACCGGGCAUGGUACAAUCUUUACGGAGAGAACAAUGUCACUGGCACUGCCGUAUCGCGCCUGAUUGAUGCAGGCGCCAUCAUUGUCGGACUGCAGAAGCCCUCACAGUUUGCGAACGGAGAAACGGCUACAGCUGACUGGGUCGACCUUCACUCGCCCUUCAACCCACGUGGAGAUGGCUACCAGGACCCUUCUUCCUCCUCGUCAGGCGCGGGGGCUUCCAUCGGCUCUUACGAAUGGCUGGACCUGGCUCUGGGUAGUGACACCGGCGGCUCUAUCCGCAAUCCCGCAGAAGUCCAGGGAGUCUACGGUUCCCGUCCAUCCCACGGUCUCGUUGAACUUGACCAUGUCAUGUCCAUGUCGCCUGUGUUGGACACUGCGGGAGUGCUGACAAGGGAUCCUUAUCUUUGGGACCGGGCCAACCAAGCCUUGUAUAGCACCAACUACACCUCGUUCCAUGGCAAAUCAGUCCGCUACCCCAGCAAGCUGUACACCAUCGACUUCCCAACAACCAAUGACUCUGCGGCAGACGCUCUGCUGGCUGGAUUUCAAAAGCGCCUGGCCGCGUUCUUGAAUACGACAACCACCCCGCUGGAUCUAUCUGACGACUGGUCGUCGCAUCCGCCAUCCAGCGCUCCCGCCAAUGUCUCGCUUGAGACUUUGCUUAACCUGACCUACCCAAUGCUGAUCACCAAGCAGCAGAUCCCUCUAGUUAGGGAUCCUUUCUACGCCGACUAUGCUGCUAAACACGACGGCCGAGUCCCCUUCGUCGACCCCGUUCCUCUCUCCCGGUGGAACUGGUCCAUGGCGUACCCUGACUCUGCACUGGAUGAAGCCAUCCACAACAAGACGCUCUUCAUGGACUGGAUCGCGGAGAAUUAUCUCACUCCGAUCUCCGAUCCUGAGCAGUGCUCCUCGUCACUUAUUGUCUACGUGGGCACCGAUGGCUCCCAGAGAGCGCGUAAUGUCUAUCGUUCGCUCCCCGGCGCACCCUCGGGCUACAGCAAAUUCCUCAUCUCCAAUAUGGCGAGUGUGCCGGACUUUGUCAUUCCUGUGGGAGAGAUUGAGGCCUACAGCACCAUCACGCAGCACCAGGAGAAGUUUCCUGUCGCCAUUGAUGUUUUGGCUGCUAAGGGGUGUGACGGAUUGCUAGUCAGGCUGGCUCAGGAUUUAUUCGAGGCUGGCAUUAUUAAUGCACCGUUGGCGGGUGGGACGCUGACUGGUGGGCCAGUCUUAUCUUGA